AUGAUCACUCCCAGCUCGGAGGUCACUCCGACUAGCACCGAGGAACCAGCGCUGUCAUCAGACAUCGCGAGUUCGACUCCCGUUGAGGUUACUACAUCGACUGUCCACGUAUCUGCGUCGUCCACCCCCAUCUUGGAGUCCUCAUCGUCGACAACUGAGACUGUUGAGACCAUUACUGCGUCUUUUACUUCCAGCGAUGUGACCUCUUCGACUGUCGGUGAGGUCUCCGCUUCUUCUACCAGCGAAGUUGUUCUUCCCACCAUCAGCCUGGUCUUGCCUUCCGUUUCCAGCGAGGUUACAUCGAGCUCUAGCGCUGUGUCAUCGUCUGUCGUUGUUGAAUCCUCCAGCUCGGCAUUACUGAGUUCUGCGACAUCAUCUUCCGAGACACCUGCACCAACAUCCGUCGUCUCGUCGUCUGCUCUGGUCUCAACUACGCCCGUUGCGACUCCCCUUCCUUCCUCCGCAAGUGUAUCGCCGACUGAGACUUGCAUCGCUCGAUCCCCCAACUAUGUCAUCAAUGGUGGCUUCGAGAACGGAGUCCUCAGCAGUUACACUAUCGAUCAAAGUCGCUCUACUGUCAGCAUCGUCAACGACGCUGCGUCCGCCCAUUCUGGUAACUACUUCAUCCGCGGAACAAGUACCGAGAACAACAGCAAGGACAACAAUAAGGCUAUCUUUACCCGUUCCUACAUCAACAUCCCUGCUGGCACCAAGGUCGUGGUAUCCGCAUGGUUCAAGUCACUGAGAUCAGAGACUGAGAGGAUCCAGCGUUUCAGAAUCUACCUUGACGGUGUUGAGCUUGGGAAUGUCGUGCCUGUUAACGGUGACAAGAAGUGGGUCAGAGUUGGUAACACUGAGGCGACGCCUUACACUGUUUCAAAGGCAACGCAUACGCUUCAGUUCCGCGUCGACAACAACCCGUCUGACGGACCGUACUUCGACAUCGAUGAUGUCUCCAUUGUGGCUGUUGACUGCAGCACUGCAUCGGUUUCGUCGUCGAGCUCGGCUAUCGUAGCUACCAGUUCCAGUGUGGCAGUAGUGUCGUCAAUCUCGUCUUCUGCUGUUGGGUUGACUACUUCAUCUGCAGUCUCUGCUUCCGUCUCUUCAUCCAGCGAGGUUGUGUCGGUCUCUUCAACUACCCCUGCGGUAGUGUCAUCUCCAGCUUCCUCCAGUGAGAUUGUUCAGGAGCCAACUUCCAGUGUUAUCUCACAGAUCAGCAGCUCAACCGUAGAAAGCGAGGUCCUCCCCAGCACAUCCGUGGCUGAGACUUCAGCAAGCUCAUCGGUCGCAGAUGUCGCUUCCACUACUCCUGAGUCUACUCCCACUUCCUCGAUCGAGUCAUCUGCAGAUGUCACUUCAAGCACCCCGGAAGCUACCCCCGAUACUACUCCCAACCCCACCGAUAUCGUGGCCAGCUCUUCGGAGGUUACCUCCAGCACGCGUGAGUCUACACCGGAACUCACCCCAAGCGCUACCCCAGAAUCUUCCACGCCUGUCGACCUUGCCUCCAGCACACCCGAGCCCACCGCCAGUGUAUCCUCGGAAAUCGCGUCCGUGACUCCUGAGUCUAGUCCGAGUCCUUCUGAUGUAGUUUCCCAGACACCUGAUGCUAGUUCAGAGUCCUCUUCGGAAGCGACUCCUACGCCAUCGCGUUCAGAAGUCAUCUCAAGCACACCCGAGCCAAGCCCAACUCCUUCGGAGGUAGCAUCUCAGACGCCUGAAUCGACACCAGGUGCUUCUGCAGAGACCACUCCAAGCUCUACCAUCGUGGUGACUAGCUCGUCUUCUUCCGAGAUUGUAUCCAGCACUGUUGAUGCUACGCCAAGCUCUUCUGAUGCCGCUUCGGUGACACCUGAGACUACUCCCACUCCUUCACCGGAAGUUUCGCCGAGCUCCAGCAACGUUGAGAUCGUGUCUACCUCUUUUGAGGUCGUGUCUAGUACCGUUGAGGCAACGCCUAGCCCAUCUGACGUCGUUUCUAGUACGCCAGAGGUAACUCCGAGCGCAUCUUCCGUGGUAGUAUCCAGUUCGGCCGUGGUCGAACCUACUCCCACUCCUUCCGAUGUCACUUCCAGUACUCUGGAGGCAACGCCCAGCUCUUCAGAGGUUGUCUCUAGCACUCCUGGAGUCACACCAAGCUCCUCAGUUAGCACGACCAGUACCCCAGGGCCUUCCUCGAGUCCUACACCAGCUCCUAUCACCCCUAUCCCAACUACUCUGGCAACUCUUACAUCAACCUCGAGCACUGCGACGCCGACACCGACAUGCUUCCCCAAGCCGACCACAACAAACUACGUUAAGAACCCUGGGUUCGACUACGACGCUAGCUUCGAUACCUCCAUGGCUUACUGGAAGACCAGCCAGACUGGCGGCGCAUUCUCCGACAAGUCCUGGGUUUACGCUGGGGCAGGUCGGACGCCAAACUCUAAUGGUUUCAAGGGCGUCACGCAAACUGGUUCAUCUGGGAAAUUCGAUAGCACACUUACUCUCUCGCAGACCGACAUCUUCAUUCCUGCAGGUGCGAUGGUAGACGUCAGCGCGUGGAUCAAGCCUCUUCGUUCGGGUAGUAGCAACAGCAAACCAUUUUCCAUCACUUUAACGCUUGAUGGCCAGGAGGUAUCUACUUUCACUACGACCGGCACUAGUGGCAGAUCGAUGACUAACAGGAUUGCGGUGAAGAGUGGGAUGAAUUUGCAUACCCUGGCACUUUUGGUGCGCACAAAGGGUGAGGAUGGUAAGGAUAUCUUCGCUGCUGAUGAUUUCGCUAUCAAGGUUGUUUCUGGACCCAAUGGGCAGAAGCUUUGUACUUGA